AUGAAAAUCAAGUUUGGUUGUGUUAACAUUGUCGCAACUGUUGCAGAUGCACCUUGGAUUAUCCCUCCUUUCAUUGAUGAGUUGAGGCGCCUUAUUGUUUACUACAACGAUAAGAAACCAAUUGUUUCUGUAGACAUUAAGUUUGAUCCAAAUGCCACCAGCAACCUUCAUUACAAGGCUGCAGCAACUCUCCAGAUAUGUUAUCGCACUCAUUGCAUCAUCAUUCAACUUCUUCAUUUGGAUGUUACCCCACCCGCACUUUUAGCUUUCUUAGUUGAUACGAAAAUUGAAUUCGUGAGUUAUAAGGUCAGUGAUUCUGCCAGUAAGCUUCAACGUAGCUACGGGAUCUGCAGUCGUGUACCAAUAUGGCUAGCUAGUUAUUCAUCAAUUGAUUUGGCUCAGAGAGUCCGUACUGAUUUGGGGCUGAACAUUGAGAUACCAACAGGUGCAAGUAGCUCUGCUUGUGGCGCUAGGAACCUAACCGAGGAACAAACAGCAAUCUGUGCCUAUGCUGUUGGAAUGUUAGGAGUGAAGUACUAUAGGGGUUCAUUUUAA